AUACCACCUUUGGGUGCCUCACCUGCGUCCAUCCUCGAACACGUGGGACAGGCAGAGGAUGAGUGCGGCUCUGCAGCGCUUUCCAGCAAGGCAGAGGAGGAAGAUCCAGACUCAGAAAAUGAGAAGCUGGUGGUGAAAGAGCCGGAGGAUGAGGAUGCUGCAGAUGAGACGUUCUCUUUUAAAUACAGUCCUGGAAAGCUGAGGGGAAACCAGUACAAGUCAAUGAUGACCAAAGAAGAACUUGAGGAAGAACAAAGGGUUCAGAGAGAGCAGCUGGCUGCCAUCUUCAGGCUCAUGAAGGAAAAAAGUGACACAUUUGGCGAGAUGUCUGAAGGAGACAUGAUGGAGCAGCUUAGACUGUAUGAUAUAUAACCUUGCAGCCAGCGGAGACUAUCCCCAAAAGUCACCUUGGCCCUUAUUAUGCAGCACACUGGACAGUAUAGUGCUAUAAAUGUAUUUUGGUAGUUAUUUUGCAGCUCCAGUUUGUUUUGCAAAUGCAUAUAUAGGCCUGUGAUAUAUAUUUCAAAAGACUUGUAAUUUCUCACCCUUUUAAUCAUUUUUUCUUGAAGA